AUGUCUUUCUCGCCGAAAUUUGAGUUUGGUUAUGAUAAAAUUAUGAAAUGCAAAAGAGAAAUGAUUUCAACGAACUUCUUAAAUGAUAAUAAAUGUGUAAAUAAUAAACAAAUCAUAUGGAUAUUUAAUCAAGGUGUUAUUCUCUCAGGUUUAGCACUAUUAUAUAAUGCUACAUGGAAUUCAACGUUGAUUGAUAUUGCACAAAAUACAGCUGAUUCAACCAUAGAACCAUCAACUUAUUCAAAUGAAAUAUUUGCUCGUCAUCUAGGUUAUUUAUUACAAUAUCUCACAGACACAUAUUAUGUACAAAAAUAUACAUUAUUUUUACAAAAAAGUGCAGUAUUACUAUUGACGACGAAUCAAUGUGAAUUAGAUGAUUUAUUUGACUUAUUUUGGAGUAAUGAUUCAUCUAAUAGUUGUAAUUUACCACGAAAUACUGCUUCGACUUCACGAGCAUUCGAUUUAUUUCUAUUUGUUUCGAAAAUCAAACGACAAAUUCCAUCAUUAAACUGGAUUUUACCGAGUCUAGGGAAUUAUAUGUAUGAUGAUAAGAACUUAUCAAUGGCAAAUUUUUAUAAAAAUGAUUUUAAUAAAGCAAUCUGUCGUACAACUGUAAAUAAAGAUAACGAUUCAGUUGCAUAUGAUUAUCAAUUGAAAUGUAAUGGUAUUGGCUUUUAUCGUAUACGUAAAUAG